AUGUCCAAGCCUGACCCACAGCUCUACACCAUCGUCUGCAUCCUCGAUAUCGAGCCAAAGAAUGAAUUCGAGAUCAAAAUGAACCCAUCAAUAUCACUAGCCCAGUUGAGGACAAAAAUCAUAGAGGAAAGGUCACGACUUCUAAAUGGAAUCAAGCCAGCCGACCUCACUUUACAUCGAGUGAACAUCGAAGGUGCAAAAGAGAUCGAAGAACUCAGAGGAAUAUUACUCGGAUUGAAAGAUAAAGAGCCUCUCCGUCCUAUACUACCGUUGAUUGAAGUAUACCCUUCACCUCCUCCGGCAGGCACAGUCCACAUCGCUGUGAUAGUUCCUCCAC